GAUGGUACUGUGGCAAGUGCGGGUUCUUCAACUACGGGCACCGUCGCGUCUGCCGCCAAAGUGGAUGUGAUGGGUGCAACCCAGUUCAAGCAGUUCGGCCUGAUCAGAGUUACUGGCCACAGUACUCGGUGCCAGGCGGUGUGUGGUAUCAAGGGCCUCCAGCGCUUCGACAGAGUGAUGGAGGCAAAGGAGGAGCGCGAGAUGUGGAUGGCCAUGUCGGAGGAGCAGUUCGCCGUUCUGGGUCAAAGCUUGUCGCAGUCGCACAGAGAUCAGCUCGCCCACGCUCGUGCCAUGGCCAACUUCGGGCUGCAGGGCGCGCAGGCGGAGGCGCAGCAGGCAAAUCUACAGAUUGGGAAGUUCUCGCAGCAGGUGCUGCACCAGAAGCAGAGGCUCGCGAAGCUGGAGGAGCAGGCGCAGCAGGCGAUCAUGGCGGCGGUCGAGGCCAAGCAGCAGUUGCAGGAGACGGAGAAGCAGCUGUGCGAGGCCAAGCGGCGCGCGGCGGAGCACCUGGGGCCCCAGGGGCUGGCGCGGCAGGUCGCGACCGACGCGAUCGAGACGCCGAUCAAGGAGGCGCUGGGCAAGUUCGAGCAGGCGGUGCCGUCGGAGAUUGCCCCGCAGCUGCAGGGCGCGGUCGCUGCGCUCAGGGCGGCCAUGGAGGCGGUGGCGCAGCAGGCCGCGGCGGCGAUGCAGGGGAAGCCGCCUGGGGGCGCCGCGGCGCCAGGCGGCACCGGUGGCGCCGCCGCCGCGGGCGCGGGAGCGGGCGCCGCCAGAGCGGGAGGCGCUGGCGCUGGUGCCCCGCCGCCAGGCGCCCAGGGUGCCGCAGGCAGCGGCGCCGACACGUCGCGCGACGUCAAGAUGGUGGAAGCUGAUGGUGGUGUGCUUCUUGACCUUCGCUCUCAGCUGGAGUCCGAUGGCAAGCUCAAGGACCCCGAAGUGCAGGCCACCAUCCAGAGCCUGUUCAGCAAGGCGAAGGCUACGUAUGCUGAGUUCUGUGCUUUGGCCGAGCAGGAGCUGGUGAACACUUACCAGAUCGCUCCUGCGCAGGCUGAUGGGUACAAAGGCCAGGAUAAGCAGGUGCAGGACUUGCUGAAAAAGGCAAGGGAGCCGCCCACGAUCUUGUGGGAGUGCGAGCGCUGGGUCAACUGGAGGCAUAAGCAUUUUUCUCUGGAAGGCUACCACGCCGAGGCGCUGCACGAAGCGAUCCAGGACCAUGUAAAGUGCAUCCAGGGUGAGGAGCAGGUUUGGAAAAGGUCUCGGCAACAAGAGCGGAGACAAUGGGCCCGCUCGGCCCUGGAAAAUGGCGGGGGGCAAGCUCACAAGUGGACGAAGCAGCCCAACGACUGGAUCCCCGCGGACCCUGGCCUCGAUGGGGCCCCUGGAGGUUUUCAGGAUCAGGUGGAGGCCCUGGAGGAGGAGUGGAAGCGCAUCUGGAGGUUCGGGGAGGUGCCCAAGGUCGCUCCCAGGAUGCUCAAUGAGAUGCCCCUCGAGGACCCGAAGCCGCCAGUUGCGCCAGAUAAAAUCAGGUCCGUCUUGGGGAAGUUCAAGAAGCAUGCAGCUGUGGGAGUUUGUAACUGGGCCCCGCACGCGCUGAAGCAGCUCUGUUCUUCUGGCUUGCUUGCUCUCAGUGUCUUGAUGUAUCUGUGGGACACGUACACCCAGAUGCCCGAGCAGAUUGCGCUGCUCAUUUUGCCGUUUUUGCAGAAGCGGGGGAG